AUGUCUUCCAGCAACCAGAUAUAUCGGGCGCAGACGACAGAAUGGGAUCUUCCUGAAGGUGUCUUCACACCAUCUGAGAUUAUAACCGGUGUUACUCCUCUCCUUUUGACCGUUCUGUCAAAGCUUGGAAAUGAUCCGCAGGGACAUCCAUCCUCGAAGAAGCUUCUGCUUGAUAAUUUGGCGAAUUCUUUGUCGACCAAUUCCCGGGAGUCCACUAUGCCUAUCAAGGACACCCAAGGAGAACCGUCUCGACAGGAAAUUCAAGCUCAGGCAAACAAGAUUGGAAUUUACCUUGUUGAACAAGCUCGGAAACUGGACUUGGAAAAUCCAAACUUGAACAUCGAUAUUCGCAGUCCUUGUGAAGGUCAUUUGUGGACGCGUGCUGUUGCGAACCUUCUUAUGGGACGACGGAGCAAUGGCCAGCUUAUGCAACUAUUCAAUGAGUAUCUACAUCAAAUGGUUCUAUUGCGCGACGCUCUUCUUCCUUUCGAGAAUUAUCAAGAUGUUCGGUUCCAGAUUCAAAAGUCAAAAUCCGGCCCUGGUCUAAGGAAGUUUGAGAAAGCUCGCUCUGCAUUGCUCGUGGAAUGCUUAACACGAGCUGUCUCGCAGAAGACUCUGGUUGAAGUUGCCAAGGCGUUCACUGCCCCAGAUCUUCCUACUGGCGGUUAUGGUUUCCAGUACUCCAGCUUUGUCGUCCUUCCAGCCUUUCUGUUCGGGUCUUCAUCCAUUCGCCUACUCAGGAUCUACCCAACUCAGAUAGAGGAAUCAGAAAACCCAAUCUUGUUUGACUACGAGUAUCCUGAUUAUUACACUGCUCAAAGAACCGAGAUCUCCCAGGAUAUCGAUGUGAUCACCAGCCAAACCUCCUUUGGAACUUCUGUCGGUACAAAGUACUCACUCGCUGUCGAGAAUUCUUCGAAAUCUCCAGACAAUAGGGGACUGCUCAAGCUGCGGUUGAAUGUCCCUGAGGGCAGCUGUUUGUCAGUUGAUGUAGGCCAGGUUGCGCGUGGAUGGCGCUUUAGUACACAUUUACAACACGCGCCCGGAAAUACUCAAACGAGUGCACCGCCCAUUGGGGAAAUAACAAGUAUUGUCCACAAAAUAAAUAACGUCCUGGAUCUGCCGGGACUUGUCUCUUCGACUGAUGCCGAUACUCACAUUUUAUUUGCCACAAACUCCCUCAUCCGGCUCGCAUUGCUAGGAAAGCUCUAUCCCCAUAAUGUAUUCUUGGCUGAAGGCAAGGAGGGUAUAGCGGAGGCGGAAUCGUUUCCUGAGAUGUUCGGGGGGCGAUUUGUUAUCAUUGGAGGAAAGUUUAAGGAGUCUUUGGAUUUCGCUCAGUUGGUGAAGGGGGAGUUGAAAGAGACUGUUUGA